AUGUCGACAGCACAAUACCGAAAUUUCUUCUACAACAAUGUGACACAACACGUGAUGUCGGUCGUGCGCGAAAACGCCGACUUCCCCGACGAGAUCACGAUGGUCACGCUGCGCUUCGUCCAAGACAUCUUUCUAUGCCAGCUGUACAACAACAUGUCGGCCCAGAUGGCGCCGUUUUUCUCGCACGAGCUGAUGGACCAGCUGAACUGGGUCGUCAACAAGGUCCACGAAUUUUAUGAUGGAAUUGGUCUGGAUACCGCAGAAAAUGGCCCAUAUCUGCAACGGGAGAUCCGGAAAAUUCGCGCCGGUACGCACAUGAACGAGAUGGUGGCCAGGGUGAAUGCGCUCGUUGGCUGUAUGGGUAACGAGACGAGCGCUUCUUGCCUGAGCCUUCUCCCCACAAAGUUCUAUGCUGUAUCUGGGCACGACUCGACGCUGUUCGCCUACUUGGCAGGCCUCGGCGCCGCGACGGGCGUCUCCAACUCGGAAUACACCGGAUACGCCUCGUCGCUCGUUACUGAGUUCUGGAUUGAUGACACUGAUGAGAGUUUGUAUUUUAAGUUAUUGUUCUCUGCCGGAGCAGACGACUCGUUCCACGUCGUCACCCGCCAUGUUGAGGGAUGUCCGGAAGGCGAGCUGUGCCCCUUUGAAGUUCUCGAGCGGCUGGCUGCACGGAUAAAGCCCGAACCAGACGUCAACUCGCUGUGCAAUAUUGCAGUUGGCCUGCAGAAGGAGCAAAAGCAUGACGAUGAGCGGAUGGUCUUCGUGCAAACGAUGUGGCGUCAUGGAGACCGGUCGCCGCAGACAACUUUUCCGAGAGAUCCCAUCACGGCAGAGAUGUGGCCAUGGGGAUUGGGACGGUUAUCACCGUUAGGCAUGGAGCAAGCGAUGCGAAUCGGGGUCAUGCUGAAAGAAAAAUACGUGGAUACGGGGUAUCUAUCCCGUGAGUACGAACCAUCUGAGCUCUACUGUCUCUCCAGCACGUUCGAUCGAACGAUAAUUACGGCUUAUGGUGUGCUAAUAGGCCUUUAUAGUCAAGCGCCCAGCAGAUCAAUCCCGCAUUCGCGUCAGGAUGAAAAGAGCAGGUGGCCGACAAAUUUUGUGCCGAUCCCGGUGCGGACGAUCGAGGAUCCGAGGGAGCAUGUGGCUCACGUGGACAGCCCAUGUCCCAGGUGGCCAAAGCUUUGGGAGAUGGUCACGCAAACGGAGGAGUACAAGAGGUUUUAUAACAGUGAGAGGACCCAAUACGUCCUGCGGGUGAUCCUGGAAGAAGCCGCCUAUCCGGAGGGGGCAACCCUCGAUUCUGUGCGCCACAUGCACGACACGUUUUUGUGCCAGCUAUACAACAACAUGUCAUCCCACAUGGCCCACUUCUACUCGGUGAAAUUCAUGGCCGAGAUGAAGGGCGUCGUCGACGUGGUCAGGCAGUUCUACGAUGGGAUGAGUGAGUCAUUUCUUAAAUUUAAUUUCCCGAUUUCCGAUCUGGAAACGGCGCCCAACGGCCAAUUCCUGCGCGAGGAGAUCCUGAAAAUUCGCGCCGGCAGUCAUCUGAAUGAGAUGGUCGAUCGGAUGAAGGGAAAGAUGGAAUGUCUGCGGAAUAGCAAAUCAUCUCGCUGCCUCGAGUUGCCCACAAAAUUCUACGGGAUUUCUGCUCAUGAUUCGACGGUUUUUUCGAAUAUGGCAGCCCUCGGAGCUACUGGGAUGACAAAGGGCCGAUACGCCGGCUACGCAUCUUCAAUCAUUUUUGAGCUAUGGCAAAACGUGGCGACGGACACGUUUUCGUUCAAGUUCUGGUUCUCGGACAACGAUCUGGACCCUUAUCACGUGGUCACCCGAUGGGUCGAGGGAUGCCCGGAGGCAGAACUGUGCCCCUUUGAAGCUUUGGAGAGGCUGGCGCGGCGGAUAAAGCCUGAACCGGAUGUGAAUACCCUGUGCAAUACAUUGCCG